GCAGCGAGCAUGAGAACUCGUGGGUGAAAUCAUCGUGUUGUAUGUUGCUUCAGUUGUGGCAUUAAAUCUGAAUAAAUAAACUAUGAGCUCUCAGAUAACUUGUGUCGGCUGGGUGAAGCGCGGGGUCGCUAAAGAAACGCCAGAUAAAGUUGAGUUGAGCAAAGAAGAGCUGCAGCGCAUCAUAUCAGAAGCCAAAGAGGAGUUGAGGGAGCGUGAUGAUGAGGAAGAGGAUGAUGAAGGUGUGAGCGGUCUGGACGCCAGUGAGGAAACAGCAGCAGCAGCUCUUUCUGCGAGUGAAGAUAUAAAAGAAGAGAAGGAUGAAAAUGAAGCAGAGGAGGAUGAUGAGCUUGCAGAGUACGGCCUCGACAGAUAUGAUGAAGAGGACAUCGCCGCAACAAAUCUUGGAGACAGUUUGGCAGGAUUGACAGUGUUUGGGACCAAUGAAGAAGAUCCUUACGUCACCAUCAAAGACACAGAUCAGUACGAGCGAGAAGAUUUUCAGAUCAAACCCUCUGAUAACUUGAUUUUAGCUGGACGGGCAGAGAAAGACUGCUGUAACCUGGAGAUAUAUGUGUAUAAUUCACAGGAAGACUCUCUUUAUGUGCAUCAUGACAUUCUGCUGCCUGCGUACCCUCUGUGUGUGGAGUGGCUGAACUUUGACCCCAACCCCGAGGAAGGACAAGGGAAUUAUGCGGCGGUUGGAAACAUGACGCCUGUGAUUGACGUCUGGGAUCUGGAUGUUGUGGAUUGUUUGGAACCGGCGUUCUCACUUGGCUGCAAGAAGAAGAAAAAGAAGAAGAAAGCAAAGAAGGCUGCUGAGUCCAUUGACGGCCAUACUGAUGCUGUACUGGAUCUGUCCUGGAACAAACUGGUCAGGAAUGUUCUGGCGAGUGCAUCUGCGGAUGAAACUGUGAUUCUGUGGGAUCUUGAGCAGGGAAAACCAGCCGCAACUCUCACAAAACACACAGAUAAGGUUCAGACACUGAAGUUUCACCCGUUUGAGGCCCAGACACUCAUCUCUGGAUCAUAUGACAAGUCUGCGAUCCUGUACGACUGCCGCAGUCCAAAUGACAGCCAUCGUGUCUGGCGCUUCAGCGGGCAAGUGGAGCGAGUGACCUGGGACCAUUUCUCUCCAUGUAACUUCCUGGUGAGCACAGAGGAUGGCUUCAUUUACUGUCUGGACGCUCGCUCUGAUAAACCCGUGUUCACACUAAGGGCUCACGAUGGAGAGGUGUCAGGGAUGGAUUUGAGCAGUCAGAUCCGUGGCUGUCUUGUCACGUCCUCCGCAGACAAACAUGUGAAAAUCUGGGAUAUACUAGGAAACAAACCAAACCUCAUCCACUCCAGAGAUAUGAAGAUGGGUGUCCUUUUCUGUGGCUCCUGCUGUCCUGAUCUUCCAUUCAUGUUUGCGUUUGGAGGACAGAGGGACGGACUGCGUGUGUGGGACAUCAGUGAUGUAGCUACCGUGGCGGAGGUUUUCGGCAGUCAGGAACGUUUGGUGGCAAACACAGUAUCUGGUGCUUCCACUAGUGGCACAUCUGAAAUGGAGGUCUCCUAGCAACCGUUUCUGACUCUGCCUCCAAAAGUGUGCAAUGGAUUCCCAGCAUAUAGACUUUGAUGGAUGGUCGGUUCAUAGCCAAUGAGACGAAAAGCGACUGUGUUUAUUAAUGGAGCAUAUUUAUGACAUCAGAUGGAGUGUUUAUCAGAUUUUUGCUGCCUUUUUUUUCCUGUAUGAGGGGCAAAAAUAAAAAACAAAUCAUCAUGUCA